AUGUCAUCAAUCAGAAGUAAGACUGGUCAUCUAAAGUCCUGUUCAACUUAUACAGAUAAUGAAAAUCAUUUUCUAGUUGAUUCACGAUAUGAAAUUGUACGAGUGUUAGGAAAGGGAUCAUAUGGUGUUGUAUGUUCUGCAAUAGAUACAAAAACGCUAACGUCAGGAAAUGAACAUAAGAUUGCAAUCAAGAAAGUAACAAAAAUAUUUAAUAAAGAUAUCCUUUUGAUUAGGGCAAUUAGAGAAUUAAAAUUUAUGAAAUUCUUCAGAGGGCAUAGAAACAUUGCAACCUUAAUAGACUUAGACGUGGUUUAUGUUAAACCUUAUGAAGGAUUAUACUGCAUUCAAGAAUUGGCAGAUUUAGAUUUAGCAAGGGUAUUAUAUUCCAAUGUCCAAUUUUCAGAAUUCCAUAUACAAAACUUCAUGUAUCAAAUUCUAUGCGGUUUAAAAUAUAUUCAUUCAGCAGAUGUUAUACAUAGAGAUCUAAAGCCAGGGAAUAUUUUAGUCACAACACAAGGAAUAUUAAAAAUCUGUGAUUUUGGUUUAGCAAGAGGAAUAAAUCCCAAAUAUUUUAAAAAUCAUAGUACAACAAUUACUAACUAUGUUGCAACAAGAUGGUAUCGUGCUCCAGAAUUAAUUUUAUCAACCAAGAAUUAUACUAAAUCAGUUGAUAUAUGGGCAGCCGGGUGUAUUUUUGGGGAAUUAUUUGGCAGAAGACCCUUAUUUCCUGGGAAGAAUCUGCAUGAACAGAUUCAUGAAUUGUUCAAAGUUCUUGGCAAUCCACCAAUAGAAGCAAUCAAGAAAUAUAAUUGGAAAGUAGAGGGGUUACUCUGGGUUAAAUAUCGUCCUGUGAAAUGGAAAAUCUUGUAUCCAUUUGCUCCAAAUGAUGCAAUUCAAUUAUUAGAUAAGCUUUUACAGUGGGAUUAUAAGAAAAGAUUGGAAAUAGAUGAAAUUCUUUGUCAUAGCUUUUUCAAGAAUGUGAGAAAUCUUUCCGAGGAACCAGUCUCUAAAGAAUUAUUUGAUUUUAGUUUUGAAGCAAGAGCCAAUUCAAUUUCCCAAUUAAAGGAAUUAUUAGAGAUUGAAGUUCGGAGUUUUAAAGAAACCUGCAAAAUUGGAGAAUAA